AUGUCAACUGUUAGACCGCAGCUUGAGAUUCCUGUAGGGUUUCGAUUUCUUCCCACCAAAGAAGAAAUCCUUUGUGAUUACCUUCAACCAUUCAUCAAGGGCGAUCCCAUACCUUCCGGUGUGAUGAUGGAGUUGGAUAUUUAUGGCUCAAAUCGCGAGCCUUGGAAUAUUUUCGACCAAGAUUCGGCAGAGUCUCUCUGGGUUAUCACGAAGUUGAAGAAGAAGAGCAAGUCAAGAAUCGAAAGAACCGCGGGAGAUGGAUGUUGGCUCCAACAAUAUAUCAAAGAAGUGAAGAACUCGGACGGCGGCGAAGUCAUAGGUUAUGAUAAAUACUUCAAGUACAGCCGCAAGAAAAGCCAGAAAUCAAAUGGUCAAUGGAUCAUGCAUGAGUUCUCCUUGAAAGAUCAAGAAGCUCUUGGUUUGAGUGAUUUCGUUAUCUGUGAGAUUAAGAAUAAGGAUGCUGCUGUUGUGAGCCCGGAUUACGAAGAAUGUGAAGGAGAAAUCAACAAGAACAAGAAACGUAAGUUGAUGGAGGUGCCGUUGACUUCGACAAAUGAUUUUGCUUUCGUGCCCAUGGGGAAUCAGGCAUUUGAGUAUAUGGCUCCAGAAGCAGGAGGCUUGUCACCGUUACCACCCUUCACUGCAUGCUUAAACCAACAACCAAACCCGUGGACAUCGGCAGGUGUUGGUGGCAAUCUUGGAGUGCCUUAUUAUAAUUCUCACCAUCUGGAAGAAGCUCGUGAGGAUGUCAACGCCAAUCUUUACCUUACAUUGCAAGAACUGGACAACUUCUUGAACUCCGAUUAG